AUGGAAUCGUUCCCCUCGGCGGAGUCCGAUCUCGACCAUGGCGACUGUGGGAGCUUGUCGCCGGAGAGCGGGGCAAGCAGGAGGCCGCGACUAUUCAUCAGGGAAAUGGUGAUGCGAAACUUCAAGUCGUAUGCCGGCGAGCAGCGGGUUGGUCCAUUCCACAAGGUAAGAUCUGAUCUAUUAUCGCUGAUCGUGGCUAGCGGGAGUCUGUACGUGGCCUCUUAAAUGGGAGUGGCGUCGGUAAUUGACCGUCAUUUUUACUGCAUCUGCCAUCAACGAGGGCCUAUAAGUGCCCAUAUAGACAGCAAAACAUGUUCCUUUACACUGAUUUUUGAUGAAAGAACGGAAGGACAACGGAGGGAGAAAUCCCUGGUUUGCGUCCAUCGCCAGUUACUGCCCUAUUAAUAUUCUCGCACUAUUGCUGACCUCUGUUUAUGUUUCAGAGUUUCACAGCAGUGGUUGGACCAAAUGGGAGUGGGAAGAGCAACGUUAUUGACGCUAUGCUGUUUGUCUUUGGAAAGAGGGCGAAACAGGUUGUUUCUCUUUCCUUCCCUCCCUUCCCCUCCGGCCUUUGUCUUCUCCUCUGUGCCUUUCUUUGCAUUUGGUUCCUAGGGCUGUUUUGCUGAAGUGAAAUACCGUUGGCUUAUACCCCUACUUGCUUUUUGUCCUGUGACACCUUGAAGAUGCGGUUGAACAAGGUAUCAGAGCUAAUUCACAAUUCGACCAAUCACCAGAACCUGGCAAGUGCUGGCGUGUCCGUUCACUUCCAGGAGAUUAUUGAUCUAGUGAGUAACUGUCACUCAUCGUUGAGAUAGGAGAGAGUUGGAAAACCUAUCUUUUCAUGUCGUUCACCUGACUCAUGGUUGAUAUGUUUGAAAUUUAGGAUGAUGGAACAUACAAAGCUAUCCCUGGCAGUGAUUUUGUCAUCACUAGAGUUGCAUUCCGAGACAAUUCAUCCAAAUACUAUAUAAAUGAUCGUGCAAGCAAUUUCACAGAGGUCACCAAGAAAUUGAAGGGGAAAGGAGUGGACUUGGAUAACAACCGCUUUUUAAUUCUUCAGGUUCUCAAAAUUUUCCAUGCCAUUUGACAAGACAAUGAAAUGUAUUCUCCCCCGGCCCCUGCGUCCUGCCUUCUGCACUGUACUAUUUAACAUGUUUUUCUUUCCAAGGGUGAAGUUGAGCAGAUCUCCCUCAUGAAACCUAAGGCCCAAGGGCCUCAUGAUGAAGGGUUUUUAGAAUACCUUGAGGAUAUUAUUGGAACUAGUCAAUAUGUUGGGAAGAUUGAAAAAUCGUAUCAACAGUGAGUUCAUUUCAUUUUCUCCCAUUUUUAAAAGUUUUAGUUACUCUCUGAAACCUCAUGCUGAAUUAAUACAACGUUUCUUGCUUCUUCUGAUGUUUUUUAAUUGUAAAUGUAUUAUUAAAUAUAUACACACCCAAAUUUGCUAAUUUUCCAGACGCUUUUUCUAUAUUGAUAACAACUGAUGUCACAGUUCUUGACACUGCGUCGUAUUUGAUGUUUGAAAUCUCAUAUUGCAUUUCUCGUGCAUAUCUUGGUGUUCCAGUAGUAGGGAACUUGUUUUUAUUUCUUCUGUAUAUUCUCUAGGGUAUGUUAAUUCCAAGAAAUAGAGUUCUUAGUCAUCUAUUGUGCACUGGGAAACUGCACGUCCUGAUAGAUUGGUUUUAUAAAACAUGUACGAACCUCAAUGUGGUGUCAUCAAAGUCUUAAUCUAUGCAGUUGAAGCUUUGAUUUUAUUGACUGGGUACUUAAGAGAGUGAUGAAGGGAUGCCCUGCUAUUUAGUUUUUGGUCCUUGGUUUUUUUUAUUACUUUUGAGUGAAACCUAGGAUAUUCCACCGAUGAAACUAUGUGUUUUGAAUAACUGAGGUAGGGAGUUUCUGAAUUUUAGUUCGUGUGCUUGGUUUUCUCUCAUUUGGGUGAAAAUCAGAAAGAAAUUACAUCGACAGAAUUAGAAAAAUACUAUGCAUUGAUACUUUUUGUUGAGGAAGGAUGAUACUCUUUGCCUGUAUCGAUAGUCACAACCUUUAUUGUUUGUAAGACUCAUGGGCAAAUGGUCCCUAGUCUUUUUAUUCUUUAUAGGUUUAAUGUAUCUAGUUGUUGUAGCUGACUCUAUUCCAGUCCCUCUAUUUCAAGGGGAUGGAGAAAAAUACCAAUAGUUGAAUGCCAUUUGAUCUUUUCAACACCUACCGACCCUCAAAUUAUCCAAUAUUUUGAAAUUCAUGGCACAGUUAUUUAUGAUAUGACAAUCUAAUAUCCUUAGGUAAAAUGGAAUCUUCCUCAAGUCUCACUCAUGUACAGCUCAUGGCAGCGUGAUGAAUCUUUUUGGUAGCACAAAUGCUUCAAUAGAUGAGGAAAUCACACAUGCCACAUGAAAAUUAUGAACUCAUGUAUGCUUAAUGAUCACAUGAAAUAAAUAUCUAUUCAAGAAAAAUAUUUGGAGCUAAAAUUCACUAUCCUAGGGAAAAUGCUUAAUAUUGUUACAAGGUCGGAACCCUUUUGCUGGGUUUUGAAAGUAUUUCAGUUCCAAAUAUUUUGAGAAUGGCCUAAUUUUUACGCAGUAGGUCAUAAAAAAUGCUACAUGGGGAAACCAUGCAUUAUGCAAGAAGAAUUGUGGCUUGUGUGACAAUUAACUAGCUUGGGAGGGUACUCAAACCUUUGCCAAACUUAGGUGAGACCUGGACAGGUGAGAGCUGUGAUAUCGGAUCAUUAUUCUGUGAAAUUUGAUGCUCCAUGAUUAAUCAGCAAUGCACAUACCUAUUACGCUCAUGGAACUAAACCUGUAUAAUUAACUAGAUGAGUUGCCAUAGUAUCACAUUUUACGUUGCUGCUAGACUCAUGCUUGUACACUGGGUAUCGAUCUACAUGUGUAGAUACAUGUGGAUAGAUCUACUUCCGGGAUACCAUUGCCAUCGACAACUAGCAGAUAUGGAAACAACUCUUUGAUCGAAUAGGUCAUGCCAUGCCACGUAGCAGGGAUACAAAAUCAAUCAAGUUAUGCAUCUGUAUGUGUAUGUAAUAGUAUAAUAAUGACUCCCAAAGGUGAGUUUUUUAUGGAGAGUUUAAGUUUUUUCGGGCAUUAUGUAAUAUUGGGGAUUUAAUAGACGUAGCAUCAGCCAUCAAAUUUCAGCUAAUAGUUCCUUAGGUAAUUAAUUCCUUGAUACGGGAUGAAGUUACUGCUUCAUAUUCACAUUGGGAAGCGUCAUGAUGUCAGACGGUAGAACUGGGGACCGUCAUUUGUAUGAGACUGCACUGUGCUGGAGUGUCACUACCGCUGAUGAAUGACGUGCCUGAGCAGUCAGUUACGUGUGUUUGAAUGGCCAGUAUUUUUAUCUUGAUAAACCCAUUACAUUUGACAAUGUUGUCCGAAGUAUGAACAUUGAAUAACAAGGCUCGAUUGAAGAUGUCACUGGUUGAGUUAUGUGGAGCCUAGUUAUUGCCCUAGCACAGUUAGAAUGUAGAUUGGCCUUCAUAAUACGCUUGGAAUUGGCAAGCUCCCUUCUUGGGGUAGAACCCUUGAGUCAAAUAUAUUUUGUGUGAAAAUAUCCUGGCGGUUAAUUCAGCACAGUUAGUUGAUUGUUGCCUCAGUUGGGCUUUUACUCAUAGGAAGAAGAGGGAAGGCUAUACAUCUCAUUUAUUUGUGGCAGAUGGGGGGAGAACAAGAAAAACUUGUCACAGUUAUCACUCUCCACGGUCUGAAGUCUCUGAUUGAUGCUAGAUAUUUUAAAGGUUUACACCUACGUUAACUGCACAUUAGUUUUCAAAUAUAACUUUAUGCAUGUAUGCAAUCUUCUUGAUUUUGGUCCUCAUCUAAUGAAAACACAAUUGAUGCAGUGCCCCAUUUUUCAAGCUCUUUUCAACCUUCUGUUGUUGACCUGCUGUCAAUGUAUGUAUUUAUUUUGCAUAACCUGGAUACAAGGAUGAUUUGUGGAAAGUAUAGGAACGGUUUAGCUUUUGUGUUCUUGAUAUUUUAUGAUCAAUGGUUAGAUGUGGUGUACUCCUUGUAUGUAAUUUAUUAUGAAUAUAAUUUGUGUUUUCAGUUGAUGCACUUCAUUCUCCAAACAAGAGAGUGACAUGUAUUCACUGCUAGGUUCAAUAACUUUUCUUUCCUGUAAAAAAUGUAGGCUUGAGUCUCUUAAUGAUAAGAGAUCGGGGGUUGUUCAAAUGGUUAAACUAGCAGAGAAAGAAAGAGAUAACUUGGAGGUUCGCAUUAGUUUUUAUCAUUUUUGUCUUGUUUCUCAUUGUUUCAGUUGUCAUGAAGGAAUAACAUUAACACUUUUAAUUUCAGAAUAUCAAAAAUGAAGCUGAAGCUUUUAUGUUGAAAGAGCUGGCUCUCCUAAAAUGGCAGGAGAAAGUCACAAAGUUGGCUUCUGAUGAUGCUAUUUCCCAUGUUUCAGAACUGCAGGAAAAUGUGUCUAUCUUGGAAGAUAAUCUUAAAAAUGAGAGGUCACUCUUGUGAUAAGAACCGAGCUGCUCGCAUCUUGUCCAUUUUGAAAAAUACUAUAGGGUAAUAUGUUUUUUUCGUUCUUAUAGGAAAAAGCUUUGUCAAAAUUCUGAAAGUUUAAAGGACCUGGAGGCAGUGCACCACAAAUAUUUAGAAAAACAGGAGGUGCAUUUUUCUUCAGUUUGUUAUCCAUCCAUUUUAUUAACUUUCGAUCUCUCUUGACACUGCAGGGGAUGUAUAACACGAAACUGUACUAUGAAUAUGUAUUCUGUGAAUAAAACAGGAUAAAGCAGGAGCAGUCGUCUGCUCAUUCUAGACCAACUUUAUUAUUUUCAAUUUAGCCUAUGUGCUAAUGAACUCGGAAAAUCAAUUCAAAAUUAUUCUUUUGUAAACCUCUGUGCAUUAGCGCUGCGGAAAGUAAAAUCGUACUGCAUUCACGAAAUAAAUCAAGAGAUAUUGGAGAAUAGCUUUGGCAUUUAUAUCAUUUGCCAAGUGUUUUUUGGUUGAGCGAUUUAUACUUUGUAAGCAAUAUACUAUGUCUAUUAGCCUGUAUUCGAUAAUUGAAAAACGUCAAGGGAUUGAAUUAUUUCCUCUAUUCUUUCCGUUUCAUCUGGACUCUGGAAAUGCUUUAGGGGAAAUAUAUCAUUGGACUUUUGUUGGUCUUCGCUGAUAAUUAUGUAGGCUUCCAUGGGUCUGUCGUUUUUGUGAUCUAUCAGUCAAUGAAGAAUUAGUUUAUGGAAGUUCCUGUCAAGAGACAACAUUACUAGCAUUAUAUGAGACUUUGCUAUUGAGCUCAGAAGUUAUAUCUUCACCUAUCCCAUACCCAAAUCCUCGACCUUGGGGUUAAUGUUUAUUAUUCCAGAUGACCAGAAGACAGACUUCUUUGAAAAAUUAUAAUUAAUGUAGAAAAAUAGAAAGGGGGCUGGCGUUCUUCCUUCCUCUGGCUCUUGAUUAAGUUGGAUCCUUUUUUGGUGCUUCUUUACUAUGCAAGUGGUGACUGAAAAUGCAUGUCCCUUCUUCAUCUUCAUUACGAAAGUCAUUUCUUCUAAUUUUUUUAGAGUUGUUGCUGCUGUUGAACUUUCCAUGCUGUUGUUACUACAGUUGAGAUUUUCGAUAGCACACACAAAGGAAGAGAACCUGUUUCGUAUCUGAUUGUCUUAAUCAAUAUCAAUGGAACAUCAGAUGUAUUUGUCUUGUCAUCCUAGGUACUACACACAGAUUGGAGAGUCUGUAGUUGGGUGCUUUUGAUGGCCACACACAGCCAUGCUAACUGCUCAACUUGUUGUACUAUUCAAUCUAGUGUGAAAUAUUCAAUCUUGUUGUACUACUCAACUCCAUAUAUAUUAAAAACAUCAAUCCCUUUGUAAAAAACAUUUUAGUGUGCUCCGUUAUUUCUUGUAUUUGUUUCCCUCUUGAAAUUUUCCUGAUUUUAGAAAAAGCCAUUUGAUUCCAUGAACACUGCUAUAAACAUUAAGUUAGUUAUGUGUCAGUGGUCAUAACAUGCAUAUCUUUCAAAACUUACCUGCAGAGAGAUCUUUGUACCCGAUCCUUCUGUUACGUGGUGGUCAUGGUAAUGUACCAUUGCUUUAUGCCAUGUUUGAAUUUGUUGCACAAUUUAGAAACCAUUGUGGUAACACAGACCACGAGUGAAAUGAUAAUUCCCAGCAUUUAGAAACAGAAAACGGUAAAGUGAUAGCUCAUAUUCCGACCAUUUCCGUAUUGAGAAUAAAGAACGACUUUCAUAUGACAUUUCGAUUUGGCCUGUACUAUUCCUGACUGCAUUGCCUAAAUACCCAGCUAUCUUGAACACUGACGUUCUCUGCUUCAAUAUCGUUCCUAUCUAGUUUUCUGGUGCUGAAAAUUAUUAUUUUUCACUAUUCUAAUUAUUGUUUAUCUUUCAUGCCUCUCUAAUACAAGCUUAAAUUAACAAUUUUUCAGGAACUUGAGAAUGAUCUCAAAGUUUGCAAAGAUCAAUUCAACGAUUUUGAAAGGCAGGAUGUAAAAUACAGAGAAGAUCUGAAGCACCUUAAACAGAAGAUCAUAAAAGCAGAUGAGAAACUUCAGAAGGUAGGGGUAUGGAUUGCACUAUCAUCAAUAAUUACUUGCUUGCACCAAUGUCGUUUGUAUGCUGCAGGAUUCAUCUAGAGUUGAAGAGAUUCAGAAAGAAUGUGAGGAAUCUACAGAUCUCAUUCCUAGACUUCAAGAAGAAAUGCCUAAGCUGCAACAGCUUUUAUUGGAUGAAGAGUCAAUCUUAGAAGGAAUUAAGGAAGACUCAAAAGGUGAAUGCAUUCACAAUAUACUCAUAAUUCUAAGCUGUGAGUAUCAGCUGGUUAAGCAUCCUAAUUAUGCUGUCACCCAAGAGUACAUCAUAUCAGUAGCAUACAAAUUGUAGUUUUUUCGUUGUAGGGUCACACUGUGUGGGAGUGAAUAGAACAUAUGUUUGACCGUCCAAAGUACUGGUCACAUUUUUUUCACUGUUGGAUCCUCGUGAGUGACUUUGGUUUUAAGAAGUAAAAGCCAAUUACUUUACUGUCAAUCUGCUAUAUGAAGGAGAUUUUGCUAUAGGGUCCAUGACCCUGAUCUUAUUUUACUAGGGUUUUGUAAAAGACGUCACAACAUUUUUUUUAAAGUAGUGAAAGACGAAUUUAUUGCUUUCUGUUUCUGCGAUAUUGUAACGUGCAUUGGCUGCAACUUGGGUGAAAACAGUUGAAACAAAGAAGCUGAGAUCUGAGCUUGUAAAUGUUCACAAGGAGUUAGAGCCUUGGGAAAAGCAGCUGAUUGAACACAAAGGAAAACUUGAUGUUGCAUGCACUGAAAAGAAGCUGUUAACAGAAAAGGUUCACUUUUUCAUGUUCUGGUUACUAAUUUAUUUCAUUUGGAUAUUAUUCUUUUGUGUCUCAUUAUUUUGAUAAGUAUGUGCCUAUCUUUCAGCAUAUAUUCUGGAUGAUUUUUUCAUCAUGCUGAUUUUUAUUUUUUUUGAAAAAUUCAGCAUGAUGCUAGCCGAGAAUCUCUUGAGAAUGCCCAUAACCAAAUGAAUGAGAUAUCCUGUAAAAUCAAGUCAAAGAAUGCUGAUAGACUAAGAACUCAGAACGAAUUGCAGAUAAAUAAAGUUGAUGCAUCAGAAGCUCAUAAGAUGGAACAAGUAUGUUUCUACGCCUUGUUUGUAUUCUAUGUGCAUUCACAACAUUUUAAAUUUGAUUUAGCCUCGAGUUUUUUUGGGCAGGAAUUGACCAAACAACAAGAACUACUAAUGCCUCUUGAACAAGCAGCUAGACAGAAGGUUACAGAGCUCCGAUCGAUUUUGGAAUCCGAAAAAAACCAGAGUUCUGUUUUAAAGGCAAUCUUGGAAGCUAAAGAAUUGAAGCAAAUUGAUGGGAUUUAUGGUCGUCUGGGUGAUCUGGGUGCAAUUGAUGGUGAUCUUCAUUUCCUGUUGUUUUAAACUUAAUUUAUCUCUCCAGAUGUGGUUUGCUCGUAGAUCGCAUUGCAUGAUGCAUGGCGAACAUAAUUAUGAAUUGAGAGUACUUUUGUCAAUAUAAAAAAUAUUUAAAACUGAUAGACAGGAAAUUUGUUAAAGUUUUUGGACCACUUUGCUCAAAGGUACUGCUUUGACAAUUUUUUCCCUUAUAGUGUUCAAUUUUAUUUGUGGGAACAACUUCUGCUGUUUCUUUUUAUUUCUGAAUUGUGAAGAAAUUAAGGCAGAAUUCGUUCAAGGUCUCAAAUGAGCCUUUUAUCGAAUAGCCUUCCAUUGCCGGUUCAGCAUUCUUUUUCAUAUCUCACUUAAUUUUCUCGUUGAUGGCUGAAUCAUUCUAUCAUUGGCACUGCUACUUUGCCACAGAAACUACUGCCCAGAAUUCUGCCAAAAAAUGUACACGAAUUGUGAUGCUUUUCCUAUGGCUCCUAAAUCGUGUAUUGAAGGGAAAUUUGUCGACAUCUGUUUCUGAAAAAAUAAAAUAAAAUAUAUAUAUAUAUAUAUAUUCAUUGAAAUAUUUCUCUCUUUACAGCAAAGUAUGAUGUUGCCAUAUCAACUGCAUGCCCUGGCCUUGAUUACAUCAUAGUUGAAACAACUGCUACAGCUCAAGCAUGUGUUGAACUACUCCGGCAGAAAAAUCUUGGCAUUGCAACAUUUAUGAUACUGGUAACUUCACUAUGAUGUUAUGUAAUAGAUUACAUUUAAACAUUCGCUCACAACUUUUCAGGAAACCAUAUUGACUGACCAGAAUCUUGUUUCGUUUUCCCAUCUACGAUUGGCUUUGGAGAUUAUUUUUUGUGAACUUGAUUAGUUUUGGAGUUAGCUUGUAUAGAUCUGCAUUUUCAUCAUGUUGGGAUGAUGAAUUGAGAGAAAUAUGGUAGAGGAAGCCAGUACCUGUUUUCACAUUGGUAUAUUUCCUACAAAAAGUGUGCAGGAUGAAAUUCCUGAUAUUAUAUUUUUUUAUUAGCAUCAAUAGGAUGAAAUGACUAAGAUUCUGUAACAAUUAAAGUGAAGGUCCAAUGUACUGUAUAUUUGACAUUCAUCCAUAAGCAUUUUAAUUUAUGUUCUCAUUUUAAUUCCUCCAUAAACAUAUGUGCUAUUUUGCUUGUUCCUUACUCAAGGGUCUCUCUCUGAAAUCUCGGAUGUUCUUCAAGUCUGUUUCUAGAUGGUUUCUCGUGGGAAACUGUAGACAAGGCACCAUGGAUUAAAGAACUGAGAACAAAUAUUGUACUUUUGUAAACACAAGAUGAUGCGCUACAACUGCCUGUGUAGGAGAUACAGAGAUUUCAGAGAGAUUGACUAUACAGCUUAUAUAGUGGUACUAUGCAAGUGGCUAUAUCCGUUUAUCCUAGAGUGAUUGACUAGUUUGGUGUAACUUAAGUGUACAUUUUUUUGCUCUUUUGGAUUGCCACAGCCGAAGAAAUAUGAUGAAAGAUAUCAUAAUUUCCUUGAUUUUUUACCCUUGUUUUUGCAUGUGCAGUAAAUUUAAUAUGCUGAUAUUAUGUGCCUUCUUAAAGAGGAUUUUUUUUCACACUGGAAAGCAUUAUAAUCGUUUUGUACUCAAAUAUGCUUGAUGUCAUUUCCAUAGCUCUCUGACAAAAUGGUUAUUCUGUUUGUGGUACAGGAGAAACAAAGAGAUAAUUUAAGGAGGUUGAAUGAGAAAGUCAAAACACCAGAAGGAGUUCCACGGCUUUUUGACCUUGUCAAUGUUGAGAGUGAAAAAUCGAAGCUGGCCUUUUUCGCUGUCCUGGGAAACACUCUUGUAGCAAAAGACCUAGACCAGGUUUGAUGAUCUGUUAUCCUCCCUAAAAGAAAAGGGUGAUUUUUUGUAGAAUGACGAUAACCCUUUUUCUGUUAAUGUACUGCUGUGUAAUAGUGAGCUCAUUGAUACGUCACUUUCCUUCUUUUUCUAGGCUACGAGAAUUGCAUAUAGUGGGGACUCUGAAUUUCGGCGUGUUGUAACAUUGGACGGUGCACUAUUUGAGAAGUCAGGAACAAUGUCUGGUGGUGGGGCUAAGCCCCGUGGGGGUAAGAUAGGAACAUCUAUUCGUGCUAGUGUUUCUAAUGAAGCAGUUAAAGCUGCUGAGAAAGAGCUUGCUGAGCUAGUCGAGCAGCUUGGCAGUUUACGUAACCGAAUUGGUGAUGCUGCCAGACAGUACCAGUCAGCAGAAAAGGUUUCUGCCAACUUGGAAUUGAGCUUGGCAAAAUGCCAAAAGGAGGUAUAUUUUAAGUUUAUUCUGUGUUGAAUUUUUUUGUGUGGGUUUGCUUACUUUCUUUUGCAUACAGAUUGACAGUCUAAAUGCCCAAUACAAUUACAUAGAGAGACAGCUUGGUUCUCUUAAAGCUGCAUCACUACCUGGAAAGGACGAGUUAGAAAGACUGGAAGACCUUCAGAAAAUUAUUUAUGCUGAAGAAAAUGAACUUGAAAGACUAGCUAAAUGCUCCACACGACUAAAGGAAAAGGUAAUUUUUUUCUAAUCUACAUUUCAUUCCGGGUUUUAUGGAACCCUGGAUUAACUUAGUCAUUUAAUGGUGGUCUAAAAAAUUGAAUUUCUUUUAUUUUUUCCAUCCCGCAUUUAUUUUUGUUACCCGCAUUAUAUUCCUUUUCGUUAUUAUGGGAUUGUAAGAUGAACGUUUUGAUCUAUUAGUAAAUUUGAUUUUAUAAUGCAGGCCUCUGAACUUCAGAAAAAAAUUGAAAAUGCUGGAGGUGAAAAGCUAAAAAAUCAAAAAGAAAAGGUUUCGAAGAUCCAAUCUGUGAGUACAGUAUUAUAUACAUUUACAUUGAUUUUAGCGUGCAUGUGGCAAAUAAUAUGUUUUUCCUUCCUCAGGACAUUGAUAAAACCAGUACUGAGAUCAAUCGUCAUAAAGUAAAGAUAGUUUCGAAUGAGAAGACGUUGAAAAGACUAAGAAAGAGUAUUGAAGAGUUGAAGAAAGAUCGGGAAAUGUCUAUUGGAGCAAAAGAGAACUUAAUGACUACUUUUAAAGAGAUUGAGCAAAAGGCAUAUAAGGUUCAGGUCAACUACAAAAAAACACAAGAGGUAACAAAUGCGAUUCUUUUUUUAAAUCGCAAUCUUUGUAGCCAGCCGCAUCUAUAAUAAUAUCAAUUAAAUGACACUGCUCCUAUGUUUCAGCUUAUUGACAAACAUAAGGAUGUGCUUGACGGGGCAAAAACAGAGUACAAUAAAUUGAAAAAGACCAUGGAUGGCUUGAGGGCUGCCGAGGUUGACUGCACAUGAAUUCAUUUUAAUAAUUUCUCCAUUAUCAUGUUCGAUUUCUUAUUAACUUUGUUGUAAUCUUCAGGUGGAUGCACAAUAUAAACUGCAAGACGUGAAGAAACUUUCCAAAGAUUGGGAAAUGAAGAGCAAGGGGUACAAGAAAAAGCUUGACGAGCUACACAUUAGUCUUUCUAGGCAUUUGGAACAGUGAGUAGUAAACGACGUGCAAUUUAAAUUUUAUUGGAUUUUUUACACAAACCGGCGUUUCCCAAAAACUCUCUUUAUAUGACCCUAUCUUCUCUCAGACUUCAGAAGGAGGCUGUUGAUCCCAUGAAACUUCAAUCUGAAUUAAGUGACUUAUCCAACAGCAGUUGUGAUUUGAAAAGAGCAUUAGAGAUGGUUGCUUUGAUUGAAGCACAGCUGAAAGACAUGACUCCUAACCUGGAUUCGAUUGCAGAGUAUUGCUUCUGCUAUAUCUUGGUAACUUUUGUUCUAAUCAAAAUGCUACUAAUUAAUUAUCUAACUCCAGAUAUCGGAGAAAAGUAUCCUUGUACAAUGAGCGUUUAGAGGAACUGAAUGCUGCAACUCAAGAGCGUGACGAACUAAAGAAGCAAUAUGAUGACUUGAGAAAGAGGAGGUAACUCAACAUUCUACUAUAUCGUUCUGAUUUUCGAAAGUUUUCACAUUUCUUCUGUUGUCCAACUGUUCUAAAUGAUUGGCUCACAUUGCAGAUUAGAUGAAUUCAUGGCUGGGUUUAAUACCAUAUCUCUGAAGCUGAAAGAAAUGUAUCAGGUUCUGUUGCUCUCAUCAUUGCAUUCUAUUUAUAUCAAACAUUUUUUUUUGUAUUCUUCAUUCACAUCACAAAUGCGUUUAACUAGUCAUAGCCUCACAGCAUUUGAAAUGAACCUGAGAUCUUUGAAAUGAAAUCUGACUAGCUUUUAGUUAUAUUUUUUUGCACUAAUUAUUUGUAUUCACAAAAGAAAGGCCACUUAACUUGUUUGAGCAUCUACAUCGUCGCUUUUCGAAUUGGAAGAAAUAUGUUCAUUUAGUUGUCGUUAAUAAUUAGCUGGUAAAUAUCGAAGUUUCGUUGUUUCUAUUUUCAUUCCGAUAUUUUGUUUUCUCGCAUGUAGAUGAUUACUCUUGGAGGUGACGCAGAGUUGGAACUUGUUGACUCUUUGGAUCCUUUCUCAGAAGGCGUGGUUUUUAGUGUCAGGCCUCCAAAAAAGAGCUGGAAAAAUAUUGCUAACUUAUCUGGUGGAGAAAAGGUAUUUAUGCCUCCUAACCGCAAGUGCAUAUCUAUUUCAUUUUAAUAUGGAGGGCAUAAAAUUCUGUGCCAUAGUAUAGCUAGUUUAACCCCAUGUUACCUGCCUAGGUGGGAAAGGUGCCCAUUGCUAGAUGCUUUUAUGAUUUCCUGAUUUAAUUAUCGCGUUGUUAAGCCCCUUCAUUCUCCAGUAGAAAAUUUGUGAGAAAAGAGGUCCAAGUUAGCGGAUUGAAAAGUCCAGAGUUAUAAGAGUUUAUCAUAAGCGACAUAAAAUGCUGAAAGACAACGAAAAACUAAAACAUUGAAGGCACAAGAAUAAUGUAUACUUUUGAGUCCUUUCUUGGUAAGUACAUAUUUGGUUCUUUUGAAUCAGGACAUGGAGCAUCAGACUUUAUUUUUCAAUCCUUGUUUGAUUUAGAUUGUUGUCAUGUUCAAUGAAUUGGGUACUUAUCUUCAUGUUCCUUUUCAUGAGCUCCUCUUUCUUUCUAUCCUCUACCAAUAAUCUAUUCCCCUGUCCACAAUUCUCCUACACUACAAAGUUACUUCAGGCAUUCGCAUUAAUGGACAAUCUUGGUUACGGAUCGAAUGUAAUUCAAUGUGUUGUGCAUUUUUUAGUUCAACUUUGCCAUUUCGAUCUGCACAUCUAAUUGACCGGCACCUGAUACAUGAGAUAGAUAAAUGAGUCUACCUACCAGGCGCCUGAUACAUUUCCCUAUCUACUGCAGCGUCUUCCUCUGUCAUUUCAAGAUUGAGAUUCGGAUCUUUUGUGGUACUCGCUGGUUUGCAUGCGGUCUUGCCUGUUUCUCUAAGAAGAUCCAUAACAUCUGUUGAGAGAUGAAGAUGUCCUAACUCGAGUGAGCUGCUUCAAUCCCUAGAAAAUAUUUUAAACCCCCUGGCCAAGCGUUAGCUCAGAUAUUAUUAAUCGUUAUCCUCAUUCCCAGUCACUAAUAUGUCAGCAACAUGUUUCAAAAAAAAAUUAACUCCCUUGAGGAUGACUGUAUAUUGAGCAGUUUGUGAGAUCAUCCUGGUCGUCUUGAACAAAGUAACCCUCAACCAAACCUUAGGCUACAGCAGAAGAAAUGAAGCAAACCCUAGAUUCUUUGGAAGCUAGCAACUACAAUCUGGCUAUGUACCACGUUGGGAAUAGUGGGCAAACCUUAGGGGGAUAUGCUGAGGAGAAGCUGAACUCGUAUCCACACAUAGAAGACUGUUGUCUACAUGUACUAGAGCCACAAAACAAGGAAACUACCUAACAACUAGGAAACCGACAAGCUAGGAAAUGAACCAACAAACUAAGAAACGGUCCAACUGAGAACCGAACUCCUAUUUUUAUGCUAUUUUCCUACAAUAUAAGUUAUAUUAUCUAGGGCAACUAUCUGAGAACAUUAUCUGUGCAGUAACAGAGACAUGGGAGAAAAAAAAUCUAUCAGUCCUGUAGAACUUUCUGCCUGUGUGAAAAUAUGGAAGGGGAUAUGAACCAAAAAUAUGUCUGGAAAAAAUGGUAAAACUCGACAUUUGUCCUCAUCAAAUUUAGCAUUCUUUUUAUGCCAGGAUAGAAACUUUCUAUUAUUUAGUUAGACCUACUCUGUGCGUAAAGUUAUGGUAACCCUUCAAUGUUCAAACACGUUGGAUCCUUGAUGGGUAUUUGUUUACUGACUUGCAUCCUUGAUUUGGCAUUUGAUGAUAUAGCCAUAAGAGUAUGACCUCUUUAUUGAAGGGAAGUCCCAGCCAGUGCUCCCUGAGAUCCAGUGAACGAAAGAUGCACUGACGUCAAUACUGUUUUUCUUAUCCUAAAAGAUAACUGGUUGUUUUUUGCUCUCUCAGUUUAUUUAUUUACUUAUUUGAGCUGGGAUUAGAUCUGAGCUGAUCUGAUCUUGCGCAACUUGGUUGGGUAAAACUUCUGAAUAACAGAAUGUCAAUGCUAGCAGUGUUUCUUGUUGGGAGUUGAUAAUUCCAACAAGAUGAACUGGCUUGGGGUUGAUAAACCUCAAUACCGCAGAAAAUGUUGGAUGUAUCCUCACCAAGGACCAAGGUUGUCCAACCUCAUGGGUCCUUUCCUGGGGAUCUUCAGCCGUCCCCCCUCACCAUUUGACUUUAAAUUGUUUGUUGGGCCAAAGGAUUUAGUCCAAACCAGUUAGUCUCCAGCACAGCCCGUAUGUAAGCCUCUUAGGCAAGUGUCUAGUGUCUGGACUUAUCAGGGUUGUGGAUUAGGAUAUUGACUUUUUAAAGUUCUCUUACUUUGGUCGGGUUUCUCAUAUACAUCGUAUCUAAGUGUAAUUUGGACGGGAAAGACUCUUAGUUUGGACUGCAUAUGUUGUUCUUCUUAAAUAGCAUGGGUAAAACAAUGUAAUUUCCGCUGAAGUUUUUGUUCUACUUUCUGAGAAGUUCUGUCCCUCAAAAGAUUCCUUGACUGGGCUUGUGUACAAUUUUGCUCCAUGAUCCCUGGUAUUGGAUAAAUGAACAACAGAAAUCGUUAUAUGUUCUAUCGAGGACCUUCAACUUGUUAUCUUUUGCUUAUUGAUAGCUUCAAUUAUGUUUGGUGUUGGGUUAAAUGCUCUCUUUUCAGCAGUCACUUAUGGCUACUAACUUUUCUUUCAGACACUGAGCUCGCUAGCACUUGUAUUUGCCCUGCAUCAUUACAAACCCACCCCAAUCUAUGUGAUGGAUGAGAUUGAUGCUGCACUGGGUACUCUUCUAAUAUUCCUAAUUCAAACUUCUGUCUAUUUUCUUGCGAUCGUUCACAUUCUCAGGAAAAAAAAAUUCUCAUGAUCGCAGAUUUCAAGAACGUCUCAAUUGUUGGUCAUUAUGUGAAGGACCGAACAAAAGAUGCUCAGUUCAUUAUCAUAAGGUAAUUGAUGAAGAUACUUUGAUUAUUUUUUGUAGGUGUGCAUAACUUGUGCCCCUCAACUUCACUCUCUCUCUCUCUCGAUAAAUAUGUAUAUUCCUACAUUUCUCACAUGCCUCGUGCAAUAAGUGAAUCAUCAAAAACAUCUUCCUCAUUCUCAGUUGCUCUACAGAGAAAUCAGCACUUCCAGUGCUAGUUUGAUCUCAAUUGGGUAUCUCUGUUUAAUUCCUAUUGCCAUUUGUGAUUACUUACAGUCUCAGGAAUAACAUGUUUGAGCUGGCGGAUCGACUUGUCGGCAUUUACAAGACAGACAAUUGCACUAAGAGCAUAACCAUCGAUCCAGGAAGUUUUGUAUUCUGCGGCAAAGUGGCCUAG